AAUCUGUAAAUAAAUAUUCGUAACAAUCCUUUUUACAUAAUCUAUGUGAAAGCCUCCUCCAGUGCGGUUCUUCCAAGUGAUAGCACCCUUUGUCAAAAUGCACCAUUUCGUCGUCAUUCUCAUUAUCAUUACCACUGUAUGCUGCGAUUUGUGUAGAUUAGGGGACCGUACUUUCGUGGAAGACGAAAAAUGGGUUAUGGGCAACUUCGUGAUGCAAUGCUUAAGAUGGGGUGGACGUCGCUGGGAAGCAAGGAUCGUGGCUUGUAUUUCAAAUCGCCACGAGAUUCCUUUGGGUGUGACCAAAACGUACGGGAAUGUGAGGUACACUUGCAAGGAAACGGAAUCUGGUGCCAGUCUAGAUUGGAAUUCGCCAUCGAACAAGUAGCACAAUAAAUUUCUCUUAUGUUGAUA